AAGGGAUCCAAAUAAAAACUCAGGGGUAUAUAAGAGAUCAAACAAAUUUCAGGGGCGUAGAAGGGAUUGGGUGAAAUUACAUGGGCAUAUAGGGAAUUGGCCCUAGGAUAAAAUCAUUGUUCCAAACUGCCCAGGAACCUGAUUUGUUCUGGUUUUGAUAGUUGGCCUAUGUUAUGUCGCAAGUUUUGUUGCUAAGGGAUGGUAAUAAAAUUCGACCUAUAGUUGAGGGACAUAAAAUGGACCUUAUUGUCUUACAGAUUUCUUGUUACAAUGGGCCUUGAGGUUUAGGGGAAAUAGCCCAUCGACGGUGGGCCACAUAGCUAGAAUUUUGGCGGGAAAACUAGUGACUGGGUGGCAACUGGUCGUCCAAAAAUAUCUCAAUACGGUCUGACAUGUGGACCCCCAAAAGAAGAAAAGCUCUGAGCACAGAUGGGUGCACCAAGUCCACGUACACCGAGUGUCACGGGUUCACGACCCCCGCUGCAGAAGACCGGGCGCUCCGUGGAACGAGUCCACGCCCGCCCAGCUCCUUCCUUCUGCGCUACGGCUGUCAGAGCUCUACUACCUCCGUGAACCUGGCUCACCGUGAACCAGCAACCCAUACCACCUCCUCGGCUUCUCCUCUCCGGCUUCUCGCUUCCCUUUCCCACAGUUCGCUUCGCCGGCCUCCUCCGCCGCGCAGAAUGCGUCUCCCGCUCCGCCGCGCGCUCUCCCCCGCGGCAGUUCGGCGCGCCUUCUCCACGGCCGCCGCCUCGCGCCCUCAGUGGGCGAUGAUCCGCCAGGCGCCGCCGGUCAGAUCUCCGUCGCCGCACGCGUCCCUCCUGCUCGCCGAGCCCCCGCGCGACUCCUACCUCCUCGUGCCGGACCACCUCAUCGACCGGCGUCCGGGCCCCGACCCCAGCAGCGACAUCCGGGGGAUCCUAGGCGGCACGGUCCACGCCACGAGCGGCGACGGCGGCCUCCUCCUCGUCGUCUACAUGGACUCCCACGCCCCGGCCCCCAUCAUCUCCAAGAUCGUCACCGGCGCCUUUCCUGCUCGGCCUCGGGUCAGCGAUCUCGCCGGCCUCGACUUGAGCGACCCAGACUUCAUCCGUUUCGUCUGCAACCCCAUCACCGGCGAGCUGUUCCGCCUCCCGGACAUCGACGGCACCAAGAAGACCAUGUUCCGCGGCUGCGACAACGCCGGCCUCCUCACCCGCUCCGCAGCCGGAGCCGGGCACGGCUCGCCUGACAGCUACGCCGUCGCCGUGCUCGGCGAGGACCGCAACGGCGGGACCUUCAACAUGCGGCGGUUCCUCUCGCGAACCGGGAAGUGGGAGAAGCUAGUGGGCUUACCAUCCCCGCUCCCGCUCACGCGGCGGAUGGACAUGUACACCGAGGCGGUGGCGUUCGCCGGACGGCUAUGGUGGGCCGACCUGACUUGGGGCGUCGUCUCCGCCGACCCGUUCAGCGACUGGCCGGAGCUCCACUUCGUCGAGCUCCCGAGGAACAGUGUGUGGCCAGUGCCCAGCACAGAUCUUGUACAAGAGCAGGCUAUGCACCGGCGUCUGGGAAUCAGCGAGGGGAGGCUGCGCUACGUCGAGGUGUCCCAGGAGGAUCCUUUCGUGGUCAGCUCAUUUGCCCUUGACGACGACGGCAGCGGCUGGACGCUGGAGCACGAGGUGGCGCUUGGUCGAAUCUGCCAGGUGAAGGGAGGAGGCCCGAGGGACACCGCGCGGAUUGCCGUCAUUGACCCACUGAACGCAAGCGUCAUGUAUCUGAUCGUUGGCAAACAUGUUCUUGGUGUUGAUAUGGACAUGGGGAAGGUGAUGGGUUGUUCACUGGCAGAUGAAACUGAAGGCCCUCCAUAUGCUAUCACCUCUGUCCUUAAACCAUGUGUGCUCCCACCAUGGCUUUCAUCAAGCAAAAUCCCUGCUGCAGGAACUUUUUCACGCGACAAUGGUGACGCCAAAAGCAAGACUUUAUCAGACAUAUUGGUUCGUGCAGACAGCGACAAGAGGUUAUGUAAAGACGAACUGACAGGUGUUUUAAUAGAAAGCUAAUGAAUGGUAGCUUGGAGAAGUCUCGUUUUGGGUAACUUGGAGAAUUAUUUGAGUGUGUUGGCCCUCUCAGUUUACCUGCUGUCUUAUUUUGUGAGAAACCGUUACUGUUUCAUGUUUUCUUUUUUUGGUGGACGGUUUGUGUGGAGAUUAUGGAUAUCCCAUAUCUACACGGCGAUGAUAUUUGGACUGAA